GGAAUGAGCCGUGAAGAGGUUAUUGAUACUAACGAGAGACUGAGAGCUUUACGUUUACGAUUAGAGGAGUCUUAUGAUACCGCAAAGCAAGCAUUAAUAACGUUAAUGAAUAAAUACGGAGACUCAAAAAGUCAACGCAAUAUAUUUCAACGUUAUCCGAUGCUUAAAUUAAUGAUAAAGGAUGUCAUACGAUUGGAAACCCAAUAUUGGACUCUAAUUGAUAUACCCCGUCAGGAAAAACAAGAAACGGUGCCGUCGUAUGUUAUGAGGGCUUGUGCAAUUAUGGAAAAAACACAGAAAUCUGGCGAAGGCGUUAAGACAUCAGCAAAACUAGCCGAAGAAGCGGCUGAAAAACGAGAACGAAUGGAACGUCUGGAACAUAUGACGACUGCACAAAUCGAACAUGAAAAUACGCAACUGAUAAAUGAUUUAUAUAGACUACUGAAAAAAUAUUUGGGUUUAAGACAUUUAAUACGUGUAUUAAAGGAAGAAUAUGGUAGUUCUAAAAUGUAUCCAAUCUUUCCACGUUACACCAUGCUGAAGGAUAUGAUCAAGGGCAUAAUGCAUGAUCCAGAUUACAUGGAAGUCUGCCAUGAAAUCAAUAACUGACCAACGUAUUAGGCUGGGUCCACAAAACAGAGGCGCACAAAUUAUGCUUAAAAUGCUGUGGAUUCUAGCAAACAA